GCAAAUGUAGUUCUUAAAAUUCAAAUUUAAAAUCAGUAUGUGAACUAGGUGUAAAACACAUCAAAGUCGUUUACUAUUACAAACAAAACGCGCUAUUUUAAAUCUAUAGUAACGUGAUUCAAGAAAAUCUUACUUUGUUCUGAUAGGAAAAUAAUUGUUCGUCGAUGCCAAGUGGACUACAAAUCCCAGAAAAUGUCUGGCACUAUUGCUGUUUUGAAGAGAGACGGGGGCUCCUUUCGGCAACAUUCUUCUUCAUUCCACCCGCUGUUGGGCUGAUCUCUGGUCCAUUUCUGGCGACUAAAGAUGAAACUUCCGUUCAGCGCGAGAUUAUAAACCGACAGUCGUCGUGUAUUUGGUUGUCUGCGCAACUCUUGCGUCGCGGCAGAACGCGAGUUUGCAAAUAUUGGACCCACGGGUUCAGCUGGCCGUCAAGGUAGAGCUUGUUAGCUUACGUUAGCCCACGGCUAUCGGUAGAUUUGCGGCUUAUCCGCGGCUGUCUCGCUAGGUCGCCGUCUUCUGCAACUGCUGGCGUCGUUUGGGCCACGAUGUUCGGGACCGUAAAGCUCCUUCUGUGUGUUGGAUUUGGUAAAUAAUUUGCGCGGACGUGGGACAAAUCAACAAAGCCUUUGUUUGACUUGUGCGCAGCUUUGCCAGUUUUGCACUGUUCAUUGUCUCUCGCCCUGAAAACAAAAGACGAUUCCCCCCCCUCCCCAGUGUCGCCAGAUCGGCUGGCUAACGAGGGGUGAACGGUGGUCGAGUAAACAAAUUGAUCGCCUGUCGACUGAUCCUAGUCUUGCGAGCAACCCUGGCGAUGGCGCAACACGGUCCUUCGCACGUAGCUAGUUCACAAAAAGCACUAAUGCUCGAAAUGAAGAGUCUGCAAGAGGAGCCCGUCGAGGGAUUCAAAAUAACACUCGUAGACGAAGCAGACUUGUACAACUGGGAAGUAGCUAUUUUUGGACCCCCUAACACACAUUACGAGGGGGGAUAUUUUAAGGCUCGGAUCAAGUUCCCCAUUGAUUAUCCAUACUCCCCACCUACCUUCCGUUUCCUCACAAAGAUGUGGCACCCUAACAUCUAUGAGAAUGGAGAUGUCUGUAUCUCCAUUUUACACCCACCAGUGGAUGAUCCCCAGAGUGGAGAAUUGCCUUCAGAGAGAUGGAAUCCCACCCAAAAUGUCAGGACCAUCUUGCUGAGUGUGAUUUCACUGCUUAAUGAGCCCAACACUUUCUCCCCCGCUAAUGUGGAUGCCUCUGUCAUGUACCGUAAGUGGAGAGACAGCAAGGGCAAGGACCGGGAAUAUGCAGAGAUUAUCAGGAAACAGGUACUGGCCACCAAGGCAGAAGCUGAACGUGACGGCGUUAAGGUGCCUACCACACUGGCAGAGUACUGUGUCCGCACACGUGCCCCGCCCCCUGAUGAAGGCUCUGACCUCUUCUAUGAUGAUUACUAUGAUGACGAGGAGCUGGAGGAUGAAGAUGGUGACUGCUGCUAUGAUGAAGAUGACUCUGGAAAUGAGGAAUCAUGACGUGUUUGAGUCUUGCCCCCCCACCCCCACCCCCCAGUCUAGCUCGCAUAUGCCACCCCUUCCUUGUCAGGGUUGCUAGAAAUGUUAGGUCCACAACCAAGAGACAUAAGAAAACUCCCACUUUUUAUCUGAUAAAAAAGGUCCCCCCCUUUCCCCAGUCUCUGAAUUCUUUACAGAGAAUAAUAUCAAUGCACCCUCAAGAAAGGGCCUGAUCUGGCAAGAUUUGCAUCAGCACAAUCUUACAAUCUUUUUACCUUGUAAAAGAGCAACGCAACUCUGUGAGCUGUUUUCAGUGUCACCUGAAACCUUAUCUUGAGACAAUAACUUGAAACCAUAGUGAUACCCUAUUGUUUUAUUUUAUUUAAUCAUUUGUUUAUGCCACUGUCAAAAUAUCCGUUUGUUGCACUGGUGCAAACACUUACAAAUCUGGUCCAGUCCCCCGCUUUCAUAUCUUAUAUUUCCCUAAUUGUCACUGGGUCUUACGCACCUGCAGUGGACCUCAGUGACUUACAGAAGACUGAAGACUUCAAAUGGCCUGUUUUUUGUUUGUUUUUUUUGUUUUUGUUUUUUGUAUGUAUGAGCGAUGCACUGCAAACGCACGUUGAAGAUUAUAUUUCCAAAAUGUACAGUGUGUCUCACUUCUCCAGGAAAUGGCUUGAGUUGUGACAGGACACUUUUUUUCAAAACUCUUGUGCAUGCCAGAACAUCUUGGAAACGUUAAUUUCUAUCACAUGUGGACAGUUUACUUUCACCAUGAUCUUUGUUUUCGCUCACUUGACUUGUAGUCAGUGGAGAUCCCAGUGAAUUCUCAGUCUGGAGGACCUGCAGGAAAACAAUCGAUUGAAACUCAGUGUGAACAUUUUGACAACAUAUAACUGAAUUUUGCUGUGGUCCUCCUGUGAUUACCUGUUGGAUGUGUUUAUCUGUCAUUUGAGAAUGGGGUUGUUUUUCAUAGUAGUUCAGCUAGGAGGAUAGAGCUGAUCAGGGGGCAUAACUAAUUACCGAUCAGAACUAUAUUUCUCCACAGGUUCCUUCUCUAAGAGGCCUGAUGGAGCCAAAGAUGUAAUGGUAGUUUAAAUGACAGCCCAAAUCAUUUAAUGAUUAGGAAACAAUGUUUGCUGUAUUCUUGUCUUUGUACACUGUUGGCUCUCUUGCAAGUUUUGGUAUUUUAUUUCAUCUCUGGUUAAACACUUUGCCUGAAAUCUUUGUUUAAAAGUUACUUUAAUUGUGUGAUGUGAUAAAUGGAUUUGAUUGGGAAAAGGGUUUCUGAUAUGAAAUUGUCUACUCUACAAUGUUGUUGGGAUAUCAGGGUUAUUGAAACUUUUUUUUUUGAGAGAGACCGAGAGCCCCAGGAGUUAAAAUCGAAAACUACCGCCGUGUUUUCUUAAUGAGUAUUUAUUUUCCGUGCUGGUGGAGGGGGGAUUGGUGAUGUCACAACCUUAAGAGUGUAUGGGUGUUCUUUUUUGUGCAUUUUGCAUCAGCAAUAUUGAUUGUUUUAUUUACUCAAAUUGGACAUCAUACUGCAAUUCUCAGGAUAUUAAGUAUGAUUAAAGGAAACUAAGACAAUGUUAGAUAGACAACUAGGUCACUCUCAUGUGGUUGUCAUAGUAGGUUUACAGCCUCCACAAAAACAUUACUGAUAUGCACAGGUAGCUGUAUGAAAAAUCACCUUAUUUUGUUUACCUGUGUUUUUCUUAUUUUUGACUAUUUGAAAUUGAAAAAUAAAGAUCUUUAUUGGAAAACUA